GAAAAUAUACACACACCUCCCUCUCUCACACACACACUCACACAAGAGAAAGUCAAGAGAGCUUGAAAGCCUCAAGAGGGAAGCCAGGCAAAGAAACUUCCAAAAGAGCAGGGAGCGGAGAAGAAACCCCAGUUUUGGCAUCUGUGCAUAGGGGAGAGAUUUGUUCAUGAAAGGAUAUUUGAGGAGAAGUUCGUGGGACCAGGAAAAAAAAAGAGAAACUGAAUGUGACUGGAACUAAAACGAAAAUCCUAAGAAAAGCUGCAGUGUAAGGAACUGCCCAGGGAGAAAGUAAAGCAAGAGAACUGAACUUUUUCAUACAUUUCAGUCACUUUACAAGUAUUGCUGGAUUGACUUGAGCUUUCACGUGACCCUGAAGCACCGAGGAAGCUGUGAGCCUGUAAGCCCGCCCGGCUCAAUGUGCUAAGCACAUUCUGCCAAGCGAAACGACCGAAUCAUCCAUCGUAUUGCCCCAUUGAUGGGGAUGAGGGGACUUGGUGUGCGCCUGGUCUGGUGAAAUUUUCCCUUGUGUGGGAGGGUUUCCCACCUCUGCUUACAUCACAGGAGGAGCCAGGGACUGAGAAAGCAUAAACUGCAACACAAACACAAAUGUCAGGGUUUGCCCCCAGGAGGAGAGUGAAAGGCAGAGGGAAUCCCUGCUUGUUGGCUUCCUCUUCCUUCUUCAUCAGUAUCUGCCUGGCAGCUCUUCCUGGCACUGGCGCCUGCCCCAGACGCUGCGCGUGCUAUGUCCCCACGGAGGUGCACUGCACGUUCCGGUACCUCACGGCCCUCCCGGACCACAUCCCUCCCAACGUGGAGCGCAUCAACCUUGGUUACAACAGCGUGGUUAAACUGACUGAAAAGAACUUUCUGGGCCUGAACCACUUGGAACUGUUGAUGUUGCACAGUAAUGCGAUUCAUACAAUCCCUGACAAGGUAUUCACCGGUUUACCUGCAUUACAGGUCCUUAAAAUGAGCUAUAACAAGGUCAGAAAAUUGCAUAAGGACACCUUCUACGGCCUCAAGAGCCUGAUUAGGCUGCAUAUGGACCACAACAAUAUUGAGUUCAUAAACCCCGAAGCCUUUCACGGACUCAGCGCCCUGCGAUUGGUGCAUUUAGAAGGAAACUUUCUCACCAAACUCCACCCAGACACAUUUGUCUCCUUGCGCUUCCUCCAGACAUUUCCGAUAUCCUUCAUAAAGCACAUCUACCUUUCAGACAACUUCCUAACCUCCUUGCCCCAGGAGAUGGUCGAACAAAUGCCUGACCUAGAGAGCCUCUACCUUCAUGGGAACCCUUGGAUUUGUGACUGUGGUCUGGAAUGGUUUCCGGGAUGGAUGGAACGUAAUCCAGAUGUAGUGAAGUGCAAAAGAGACCGAAACAGUUCUGCUUCCCAACAAUGUCCAGUUUGCAAAAAUCCCUGGAAUUCUAAAGAUCGACUCUUAGCCGAGAUCCCAGCUUCCGCCUUGGUUUGUACUAAACCCGUCAUCGAUCCGACCCUAAAGCUGCGGAACACCAGUCUUUCUGAGGAAGGCGAUUCUACGCCUGCAUCCCCUAAAGAGUUCUUAGCUCCCAUAGGCUCCAUGGAUUUGAACAUGGCCGACCACUCCGGAAAUGAAGCCAAGUUGGUCUGCGAUAUUCAGAAACCCUCAAUAAAGUCACCCAUCUCACUUCUACGUGAAAACGACCUCUCCUUACUGAACGUAUCAUUUUCAACUUUCUUGAUAUGCAAUAUAGAUUCCGCUCACAUCCAGACACUCUGGAGAAUUCUGGCCCUUUACAGUGUCUCUCCCCUAAGGAUGGAAAGAAGCCACUUGCUUACCGAGACGCCUCACGUCAGUUACAAAUACAAACAGGUGACCUCCAAGAGCGAGGAUAUCUUCACCGACAUAGAGGCGGAGGUGGGAGCUGAGCCGACAUGGCUGAUGCAGGACCAUUUCUUGCUCCAACUGGACAGGACGGCCACCACCCUUAGCACCUUGCAUAUCCGCUUCUGGACGGAGGCCCAGAUCACCCUCCCUCCAGUGGGAGACGGAGGACGAGGGAGAUAUAAGUGGACCGCCAUUUGCCGAGAUAACAGCACAAAGCUGCAGCACACAGUUUUGGUAGGCGAAACUGUGGACCUGAACUGCCCUGGGCACGGGGACCCUGCCCCACACGUAGAAUGGGUUCUAGCAGAUGGGAGCAGAGUGAAGGCUCCGUACGUCAGCGAAGAUGGAAGAAUCCUAAUCGAUAAGGCCGGGAAAUUGGAACUCCAGACGGCUGAUAGGUUUGACGCUGGCCUUUACCACUGCAUCAGCACUAAUUAUGGAGAUGCAGAUGUUCUGACCUACAGGGUGAUCAUGGUCGAGCCGGACUUAGGGGAUCGCCAUGUGAACGGAGUUCGGCGAACGGUCAUCCUUGGUGAAACAAUUGAUCUUCCUUGCCAGUCGACUGGGGUCCCGGAUGCUUCUGUCAGCUGGGUCCUCCCCGGACCCAUCCUGCUCCAUCGAUCCUCAAGGAACAAACACAUUUUCAGCAAUGGUACUUUAAGAGUCCAAAGAGUCACCCCACGAGACGGCGGACUUUAUCGAUGCGUAGCAGCCAAUCCAUAUGGAGUGGACUUUCUGACUUUCAGAGUGUCGGUUGAAAGCACAGGAAAUGCUGCUUUGACCAGGGAUGAUGGUGAGACUGAUGGCUCUGGGCAGGAAGAACAUAAAAUUGCUAGUAAGGUUACGGAGCUUCCUCCUGAAAGAACUGAUGGAACAUCUCCUCCAGCUACGGAACCGGUUGGGAGAAAUGCACGUAAAGGGCAGCCUCGUAGCAGGAUGACCUACCACCACCGCGGUGACUAUUGGAACAGACAGUUCAGGGGUCACAGACGACAAUUCCCUCCUUCCAUCAGAAGAAUUGACCCACAACGUUGGGCGGCAUUUGUAGAAAAAACAAAAAAGAACUCUCCUCCAGAGAAGCCAGACAACAGCACCUCCACCCCAAUGCCAAAUGUCAAACAGUUCUCAAAGGACUUAGGAGAUGGUGAAGGAUCUUCAGGUGUCUCUCCUCCAGAGGAGGAGUUUCUGCUGCCAGUGACCAAAACUCUUACAAUAUCAGCAAAUACAUCAACCUCAAAGCCCACAGUACCAUCAGGUAACAAUAAAGCCAACUUCGGUCCGGUCCCGGAAGCCACUCCAGCUGGGAGUUCAUGGCUCUUCUCGACUGAGAGAUCUGAGACAGCAACAUUACAUGCAGAUCAUGAACUUUCACCCUCUGUGACAGCAAUGCCCAAGAAAACAAACAUAACCCAAGCCUCACUCAUGAAUGGACAAGAGUUGAUGAAACGACCAGCAACUACUUUCUCCUCCCUACUGACCAACACAGGUGAAUUCCGGAAGGUGGACCAGAUGUCAGCGUCUUUGGGAAAAAGAAAUGAACGGUACAAAAAACCAUCAGAAGAGUUAGUGGAGGAGACCAUCAAAGACAUCCAUUUUGAGAAGUCUCAUGUGGAGGACAAAGCGGAACUACUGACAGACUCUAGUCAUUACACAUCUUUGUCCACAGUCAGCAGGCCAAGAGAUGAACGCUUGUAUUUUCUCACUACACAAAAAACAAUUACCCCAAGCCCCCUUCCAGGUUCAACCAUUACUGCCCAUCAUCAGAUCCAGGUCAUUAAUGACUUAGUGACUACUGUACCAAUGUCCAAACAUUAUGGGAGGCGAAGGAAGAUUUCUGGGAGGAGAAGAAUUAUCAGACCAAACCGAAUUCCAAAUAUCAGAGAAAGAUAUAAUUUUGCCAGGCUACAAUUUAAGGGAUUUGCUGAAGAAAGGACAACUUUUCUUCCAACUACAGUGUUGGAUCGCAAGUGUUCAUCAUGUACUUCUGGACCAACGCUCCCUCCAAUGCCCAUCUAUUCGGUCACCCCAAGGAUUUCAUACUCCACCCCAACACCAUUCCAAGUCAAUGCUCCCACAGCUCCACAUGAUCAAUCUACAACUCUGCCCACAAGACCAGCAUCACCCACUCAAGUGAAAAUGGAACCAAACUUAGAGGUAGAGAAACCAACUCCUACCAUAAGGUUUUUCUAUGCUGAAAGCACACAAGUAACUCCACAAAAUGACUCAGUGACCAAUGCCCCAAUAUCCAUUCACACUGAACAAAUUCCUUCCACGAGCAUUAGUGGCCCAAUGGUAAUUCAUACCUCAGUCAGUGCGAUCUGGGAGACAGCACCUGUGACCUCUUCAUAUUCGGUUGAAAGUGCCAAUUCUCUGACCUCUGCUGCCCAACCCACUGUGAGAGCAUCAAGAAGAAAAAUUCCCUGGCAUCACAUCUUUGUCCACAGUCCUGUCCAAAAAGAAACGAUCAAUUCACAUAAACCCAGUUCACUUGCAGGCAUAACCCCGGGGCUGUCCCAAAUUACCCCUGUUCAGUCCACAGUUGGGGCUUUCCACAUUCAUUUAAAAACUAUCUCAACAAGACAAGAUCAAACAGAGAACUUUCUGCUUCCAACCAGGGCUACAGUGGCCCACGAUAACCUCUUGGAAAGACAUAGCCCUCGGGAUACUGGCAUCCCCGUAGAGCGGCCCUCUCCCUCUCUUACCCCUCAUCUUGCAAGCAGCACAGCAGAUUCAUCCAGGAUCACGUUUCCUUCUCUUCCCCACACCCUGGCCACCGUCACCCAGACUCCAACAGCCAGAUCUGUGAAGCAGAAAGGGCAAAGACGAAAGAGGCCUCAAAAAAGGAUAACCACGGCCCAGAGUAUGACCUCAACUCAAAGCCCUGCAUUUGCUCCAUUUGGAACUACGUCUCCUUCCAUGUUCAAAAUGGUGAGAACUUUAAUGCUGCCUCCCAUACCUGAAUACAGCCCAUCUCCCCCACAGGGCACUUCUGGAGUCCCAGUUAAAUUCAGCCCACCACCGGUGAGUCUUCACAGGGCAGAUGUGACUAGAGAGAUAUCCAGAGUAACCACUCAGCCACUGAAAACCAAUGCUAAGAUGGCUGGGCCCAGGAAACCACUGGAGGUCAGCACUCCUGAGAAAUCAACAUUCACACUCCCAGCUACCCCACAGUUCCUGAAGGAUAAUGACCACAUUCCAGCAAUGCCUCCAAUUGGCACUCUAGGGAUAUCCAUUGGGUACCCUGAGCAACCAUCAACUCUCAUCUCGGACACGACAAGGGCAGGCCUACCCCAGACUUCGAGAGUCGACACACUUCAGCUUCUGACGGAGGUUCCGCCGGAUUCUAGAUCAUCCCCUAAUACAAAAUCUCCUGCUGGAACCACCCUCUUCUCCAACACACAGCAUUUGGGCCUCCUACCACCACUGGUAACAGUUCCACCCCGAUCCUGGAAAGACAAGACCGCUACUCCUCGGUGGUCAAACAAGUUUGAGCACAAGCCAAAUUCAGAGAUUCCUGAGAGAGGCCAGACUGUAAGAGAAAAUACAGUGACUGUACCAAAAUCCAGUUUACCCGCCACCUCCUCUCUCCAUACUUUGGGUCAGGAAAGGGAGAAGGUGGAUUCAAUCGGGAGCUCGUUUGACCAGGCAGCCAAUCAAGAAAUAACUGGCUCCCACCACCUCACCCUAGACUCCUUGCCCAGAAAGAGAUUUGAAAAGCCUAGAAUCAUUGGAGGAAAAGCAGCUAGUUUUACGGUCCUGGUGAACUCAGAUGCUUUCAUCCCAUGUGAAGCAAGUGGAACUCCUCAUCCCACCAUAUACUGGUCUCGAGGCUCAUUAGGACUCAUUAUAGCCAGCGGGAGGCAAGAGGGUCGAUUCCAAGUGUUUGCCAAUGGCACCCUCUCGAUCCAGGCUACGAGGGUUCAGGACCGUGGACAGUAUCUGUGCGUGGCCGUCAAUCCACAGGGCUCUGACCGCCUCUUGGUCACUCUAUCUGUGGUCACCUACCCCCCCAGGAUCCUGGACAGUCGCACCCGGGAGAUCACCGUCCACGUGGGGAGCUCGGCAGAAGUGAGCUGCAGAGCCGAAGGCCGACCUCUCCCAACGCGCUCUUGGAUUCUAGCGAACAAGACAGUCAUCCGGGAAGCAUCCGAGGGAAGCCGGCGAGUCUCCGUGAAACCCGACGGCACCUUGGUCGUUCGAUCCCUGACCGUUUACGACCGUGGGGUCUACACGUGUCUGGCACGCAAUCCCGCUGGCAUGGAUUCCUUGAGCGUGAAGAUCCAAGUGAUCGCCGCCCCACCCCUCAUCCUGGAAGAGAAGAGACAGCAUGUGGUGGGGACCUGGGGUGGAAGUUUGAAGCUGCCCUGUACCGUGGAAGGAAAUCCUCAACCCACCGUUCACUGGGUCCUCUCGGACGGAACCAAAGUGAAACCCUUGCAGCUUGUAAAUGCCAGGUGGUUUCUGCUGGCCAACGGAACCCUUUACACCCAGAACCUGGCCCUUUCGGAUAGCGGUAGGUAUGAGUGCAUAGCGACCAGCUCCACCGGCUCCGAGAGGAGGGUGGUCAAUUUGAUGAUUGAACGAAGAGACUCGGUUCCCAGCAUAGAGACGGCAUCCCCCAAACUGACCGAACUGAAUUUAGGGGACCCUCUCUUCCUGAACUGUUCGGCGACAGGCACGCCCGAGCCCAGGAUAAUCUGGAGGUUGCCUUCCAGGGCUGUGAUUGACAGGUGGCACAGGAUGGGCAGCCGGAUUCACGUGUUCCCAAAUGGCUCCCUGGUCAUCAGGGCUGUGACCGACAAGGACGCAGGGGACUAUUUGUGCGUAGCCAGAAACAAGAUGGGCGAGGACCUGCUCCUGAUGAAAGUCAUCCUGAGAAUGAAGGCCGCACAAAUCGACCACAAGCAGCACUUCAAAAAGCAAGUACCCUACGGCAAAGACUUCCGAGUUGAUUGCAAAGCUUCUGGCUCCCCGGUGCCCGAGAUAUCUUGGAGCCUGCCGGAUGGGACGAUGGUGAACAAUGUGAUGCAGGCCGAUGACAGCGGCCACAGGUCCCGUCGCUACGUUCUUUUUGAUAAUGGGACUUUGUAUUUUAACAAGGUCGGGAUGGCUGAGGAGGGUGAUUACACCUGCUACGCCCAAAAUACUUUGGGGAAAGACGAAAUGAAAGUGCACCUGACUGUGGUAACCCCUGCCCCACAGAUAAGGCAGUCUCCCAAGAGUUACCAGAGAGUCAGAGCGGGAGAAACUGUGAUUUUGGACUGUGAGGUCAUGGGAGAACCCAGCCCCAAGAUAUUCUGGCUGCUGCCUUCCAGUGAUAAAGUUUCAUCUUCCAGUGACCGGUAUUUGCUUCACACUAACGGUUCCUUGUCCAUCAGCAAAGUAAAGCUGUUGGAUUCCGGAGAGUAUGUCUGCGUCGCCCGGAACUCCGGUGGAGAUGACACAAAACUGUACAAGCUGGAUGUCAUUUCCAGGCCUCCUGCAAUAAACAGCUGGUAUGCAAACAAAACGGUCAUUAAAACAACCGCAGUGAGGCAUUCGAAGAAACAUAUCGACUGCAGGGCCGAGGGGAUGCCUCCGCCUCAGAUUAUGUGGAUUAUGCCUGACCAUAUUUUCCUGACGGCCCCCUACUAUGGCAGCCGCAUCACCGUCCAUCCCAACGGGACCCUGGAGAUCAGGAACGUCCGGUCGUCAGAUACUGCGGAGUUCACCUGUGUGGCCCGUAAUGACGGGGGAGAGAGUGUCUUGGUGGUGCAGCUGGAGGUAUUAGAGAUGUUGCGGAGGCCCACGUUCAGAAAUCCGUUCAAUGAGAAAGUGAUAGCCCUCCCAGGGACACCCACUGCACUGAAUUGUUCUGUCAUUGGAAACCCACCUCCUGAAAUCAUCUGGCUCUUACCCAAUGGCACUCAAUUUCCCGCCCGAGCCGGGAAUGCCCGAUUUCACAUCAGAAGCAACGGAUCCCUCGUCAUCCAAAACCCGACUAAAGAUGAUGCUGGGAGAUACCGUUGCACUGCUAAGAAUCAAGUGGGCUACAUUGAAAAAUUGAUCAUCUUAGAAGUGGCCCAGAAACCCGUUAUCCUAACGUACGUACUAGAAGCCAUAAAGGGCAUCAGCGGACAACUGCUCUCCCUUCACUGUGUGUCCAGCGGAAGUCCGAAACCCACCGUGACUUGGACCGUUCCAGGUGGCCGAGUGAUAGACAGAUCUCAUGCUUGGGGAAGGUAUAUCUUGCAUGAAAAUGGUACUCUGGUCAUCCAAGAAGCAACCGUUCACGAUAGAGGAAACUAUAUCUGUAAGGCUAAAAACAGCAUCGGGGUUGCAACGGUAGCCGUUCCUGUGACGAUCGUCGCCUACGCCCCUCGGAUUACAAAUCGACCCCCUCGAAGUAUCCACACCGUGUCGGGUGUGGCCGUUCAAUUAAACUGCGUGGCGCUGGGGAUACCUAAGCCAGAAAUCACCUGGGAGAUGCCCGACCAUUCGGUGCUUUCAACAGCGGGUGGAGGACGCUCUUCUGGGAGUGAACUUCUCCACCCCCGGGGGACGCUAGUCAUCCAAAAUCCCCAAACGUCUGACUCUGGGGUGUAUAAGUGUACUGCAAAGAACCAGCUGGGCUGGGACUCGGCUAUGACAUACAUUCGAGUGCACUGAAAUGAAGAAAUACAGCCUGAACCACCCUUAAAGAAAGUCUACAUCUGGGCCAAGUUUCUUUUUGGAAGAAGUUUAAUCAAAGGCAGCCAGAGGCACAGAAAUGAUUUAGAACACAUUUACAAUAUUCACUUUAUAAUGGACAUGCAAAAAAAGACUUGGAAAAAAAUCUUGCAUUUAUGAACUAGUAUUGAUUCCCUCAAUGACCAAAUGGAUUUGAAAACAAACUUUAACUUAAGGCACUUUUAUUUUGCCAACAAAUAACAGUAAAGGUUAAAAUAAAAUUACUCUCAUAAAAGAAGAAGCUUCAAAUGUACCUGAAUUUUCCAGUAAAUAAUGAUUUUUUUUCUUUCUCUCA